AUGAUAAAAAGAAUAUCAUUAUCAUCAUUACGUUCAAGUACAAAAGAUUCAUCAAAAAUUGUAAAAUAUACAACAUGUAGUAGUCAUAAUAAUAAUAAUAAAUUAGUUGAUGAUGAUUUGGAUGAAGUUGCCGUUAUAAGUAGUAAUGCUGCACCUGAAAGUGUUCGUUAUGGUGAUGGUCAUCAUCAUUAUUCACAAACAGCAAAUGGACCAAGAGUUGUACCGGGUAUUAUAACAGCUGGUGUUGAUCGUACAAAAUUAUUAACUAACACUACAUCAUCAUUACAAAAUGCUAAUAUCGAUGUCCAUCACAACAAUCAUUAA